AUGCCUGCACAAACAUACUAUCCAAAUGCUAUUUUCCAUUCUCUUUCUUCGCUUAAUGAUCUGACACUACCACCUUUGAGGUUUCUAUCAUCACCUAGUACGGAUGAUGAACAAGGAACAUUAAGUCCAAUACAUAUUAAACCUCUCGUGCUGCAGCCUGAACUGACAACUGUACGUCAACUUUCAACUCAACUAACGACCGUACGUCGCCAACUUUCAACUCAACUAACGACCGUACGUCGCCAACUUUCAACUCAACUCCAACAACUUCCAACCUUGGAAUUUCACACUUCACCUUCUAAAGAAGCGUGUCUUAACUCUUCACCUAUUCAAACGACGUUUGAUACACUUCCUCUUGGCGAAGACACACAAUAUGAACCACCAAGACUUUUGCAGUUAUCACAAGUUUCACCAUUGCGUUCACUCGUACAAACACCACAGCAAUCAACUAUUGAUCAACAAACUGUUAACGAAAAUAAAGAAAAUUCAGCCAGUGAAUACAAGAAAUUUUCAUGUGAAGAAUGUGGUAAAAUUUAUCAAGGCAAAAAUGCACGUUCUAUUUUACGUAGGCAUCUCAAAGAUAAACAUGAAAUUGAGUUGCCUCGUGCGUCACGUUGGGAUAAUGAUCCUAAUCGACCAAAAAAUGAUGAAGAAAGACGACAGCGGAUGUUGGAAUCAAAGAGAAAGUCGGCACAAAAAGCACGCGAAAAGAGAAACCUUUUAAAAGAGUUGGAACAGAAAGAAAAUAAACGAGUUAUCACUCAUUUACAAACUAAUGUAAAUAUGGAACAAAAUCUGAAUAUCAAUAUGAGUCAAAAUUCUACACCCACUACACCACCAUCAAGAAUUAACCGAACGGUCGUACUCUCACCUAAUAGUCGAAUGAAUCCAUACGUUGUCAUGAGACCAUCCAAGUCAAUCACAUCCCCAUGCAAGAGCACUGUUAAAUCUGCAAACAAUUGGGCGAAGGAAUAUGAAACUUACCGAAGGUCUGUUAUAUAUGAUGAUGAAGAGAUCACCGAAGAAUUGAAAAG